AUGUCAUUGCAGGUCUGUGUGAUCUCUGAGGAUGUUUUUGUGUCCUUCUCCCGGGAAGAAUGGAUGCUUCUUGAUGAUUCUCAGAGACUUUUAUAUCAGGAUGUGAUGCUGGAGAACUUUGCACUUUUAGCCUCACUGGGAAUUAUAUCCUCCAGAUCGCACGUACUUACCCCACUGGAGCAGAGGGCAGAUCCCCGGAUAGCUGACCAGGUGGAUAUGGCUCCAGCCACAGAAAGGAAGACUUGGAAGGGACCUGGACCUGGUGGUUGGUCUGUGGUGGAGGAUGAGGCCACGUCCCCUGAGCAGAGUGUUUCUUUAGAAGGAGUGUCACCGGUCAGGACUCCGGUGGCAGGUCUGAAGCUCUAUCCCUGGGAUGGAUCUGGCUCAAUAUUGAAAGAAAUCUUACACCUGACUGAAUACCAGGGGGAGGAAGCCAGGCUGGAACCACACAGUGGUGGGGCCUGUUGGAAGCCUUCUGGGCUCAGGGCAAACGUCCAUCAGCACCACAGUGCAGAGAAACCCUUCAGAAGAGACGAGGACAGUGGCUCUGCAAAAAGCUGCAGAUUCCAUGUGCCAGAGAAGACCUGUACACACAGUGAGGGUAGAAGGGACUUUCCAGCCACCUCAGACCUUCUUCAGCACCAGGUCUCCCAUAUUAGGAUGAGGCCCCACAAGAGGACGAGGCCUGGGGGAGCCCUUCACCCUGGACAGCAGCAUCACAGGUGCUUCGAAUGUGGGAAAUUGUUCACCCGCAAAGACACACUUACUCGGCGCCAGAGAAUCCAUACUGGAGAAAGACCUUAUGAGUGCAGCAAAUGUGGGAAAUUCUUUAGCCAAAGCUGUGACCUUUUUAAACAUGAGACCAUACACACUGGAGAAAGACCUUACGAGUGCAGUGAAUGUGGGAAAUUCUUUAGACAGGUCUCUGGCCUGAUUGAACACAGGCGAGUUCACACUGGUAUAAGACUCGACCAGUGCAGAAAUUGUGGAAAAUUCUUCAGUAGUAAGUCCAACCUCAUUAGACACCAAGAAGUGCACACAGGGGCAAGGCCUUAUGUAUGCAGUACAUGUGGGAAAGAGUUCAGCCGCAAACACACACUUGUUUUGCACCAGAGGACUCAUACUGGAGAAAGGCCUUAUGAGUGCAGCGAAUGUGGGAAGGCCUUUAGCCAAAGUUCCCACCUUAAUGUACACUGGAGAAUUCACAGCAGUGAUUAUGAGUGUAGCCGAUGUGGGAAAGCCUUUAGCUGCAUCUCUAAACUCAUUCAGCACCAGAAGGUUCACUCUGGAGAGAAUCCUUAUGAAUGCAGCAGAUGUGGGAAAGCCUUUACCCAAAGGCCAAAUCUCAUUCGGCACUGGAAAGUUCAUACUGGAGAACGGCCCUACGUGUGCAGCAAAUGCGGGAAAGAGUUUAUCCGCAAACACACUCUUGUUCUCCAUCAGAAGAUUCAUACUGGAGAAAAGCCUUAAUACCACAGCAGUUGCGGGAAAUCCUUUAGCCAUUACCCCAACUUAUUAUCCAUUUGCGAAUUCCUGGCAGCAGACCUAUGACAGCCUUUACCACGGACCAAACUUUAUCCAGCCCUGGAAAAUCCACACCAGACAGAGGCCUCAGCGGUACAGGGAAUGUGCCAUCUCCUUGUUCAGUGUAGCAGCUCUCAUCAGAGAGGAGCUGCGAGAGAGGCUUUGUGAGGGUGCCGUCAUUCAGAAGUGGUACCUCACAUGUAUGAACUUCUGCGCUGGGGAGGCUCUUUGUAAGUGCCUGAUACAUCAGUGAUAUCAGGACCUGUAUGCACAUUGUAAAUUGCCAGGGCCCUUUGUCAGUGCUAAAAGCCAUCCCGCUAUUACCAUCAGCCCGAGUCCUGCGGUGUGUGUCGGUCACUCCAGCAUGCUUAGGCAGGCGGACCUGUGCUGUCUCCAUAGUCCCUAGAAGGAGUCAUGAUCGACCUCCAUGGUACAUGGGGGGGCUCAUUUCCUUACUUUUGUCUGGGUUAGGCAUGGAAAAAAUCAGCACACAAGAUGGGUUUUCCAGGUAGCUUGCAAAGAUUUAUCCUCAUGGACUUUCUCAUCUCGUGUGAUGCUCACUGUGGAUGUGUGCAGUCUCACGGCCUUCAGCCCUGGAAGCACAUACCUCACAUCACUCAUGUGUGAGUGCAAUAAUAAAGGGCUUAUUCUUGA